CUAAUGUUUAUGCAGCUGGAGAAAUACCAUGAGCAGGCGCAGCUGCUGGACCCUCUGCUGGCCAGCUUAGUCACCCCUCUGUCAUCGGUGCUCCGCCGCGAAGCAGACAAUGGCUGCGCACCGGAUCUGACUGCAGUGCAGAGAUUUGAACGGAUCAUUUUUGUGUUUUGUUGCAGGGGACACAAGACAGUGGUGAAGUUUUUCUCCAGUGAGGUGGCGGACCUAGAGCCUGUUCUGGCGCUGCUGCUGCGCUGCGACGCUGAGGAGGGAGGCAACGCCGCCGGAGGGCUGUGGCAGGCGCAGUGCACAUUGCUGCUGUGGCUGUCUCAGCUGCUCUACAUCCCCUUCAGCCUGGCCUCCGUUGACUCCUCCUUAGGAAGCACUGCCUCGCAGCCCGGGGCGCUGCCGCCGCUGACGUCGACGCUGCUGGAGCUGAGUCAGCGCCACCUCAGCGACCCGGGCGGCGUGCGAGACAUGGCCGGCGUGCUGUUGGGCAGAUUACUAACCCGCCCGGACUGCACCGCCGCCCUGGGGGGAUUUUUGGCGUGGGCGCACACCUCGCUGCAGGACCAUGACAGCCCCAGAGCCGUCUUCACUGUCCCAGGCGUUGCGCGGACACUGGCGCACAUCUUAGAGCAGGGCCAGCGGUCGGCGCUGCUGCCAUUCGCGCGGCAGCUGUGGCCGGUGGCGUCGCAGCUUCUUGGCAGCCGCGUGGCAGCUUCCAGCGCCCUCUCCAGGAAGCUGGCCCUGAAGCUGGCGCAGCGGGUUGCGCUGGCUCUGCUGCCGCCGCGCGUUCUGCAGUGGCGAUACAUGAAGCGCUGCGCUGACAUCACCGACACCCUGGCAGGCACCUCCGACGCAGCGGGGGGACAGCCUCUGGGAGGGGACCCUGAUGAUGUCAGCAUCCCAGAGGAAGUUGAAGAGAUCCUAGGCGCACUGCUGGAGAGCCUGGCUGACAAGGACACAGUGGUCAGGUGGAGCGCUGCCAAGGGCAUCGGCAGAGUCUCUGCUCGCCUCCCAAAGGAGCUGGCGGACGAGGUUUUGGAAGCUGUGCUGGACCUGUUCAGCGACGGGGAGAGGGACGCCGCGUGGCACGGCGGCUGCCUGGCACUCGCUGAGCUGGCGCGGAGGGGACUGCUGCUACCGCAUCGGCUGCCUGACUUGGCGCCCCUCAUUGCCUCUGCCCUGCAGUUUGACGUGCGCAGAGGCGCCCACAGCGUGGGAGCGCAUGUGAGGGACGCUGCCGCGUAUGUGUGCUGGGCGUUUGCGCGCGCGUACGAGAAGGAAGCCAUGGCGGAAGCUGCGCGGCAGCUGGCACCGGCGCUGCUGGCGGUCGCAUGCUACGACAGAGAGGUGAACUGCCGGCGCGCGUGUUCGGCGGCGUUCCAGGAGGCGGUGGGCCGCCAGGGAAGCUUCCCCCACGGCAUCGACGUCAUCUGCCGCGCCGACUACUUCGCGCUCGCCUCUCGCUCAAACGCGUACCUGCUGGUGGCGCCCUUUGUGGCUGGCUUUGUGGAGUACCGCGCCGCCCUCGUGGAUCACCUGAUUGACAGGAAGCUGGGCCACUGGGAGCGCUCGCUAAGGGAGCUGGCCUCUCGAGCGCUGGCCGCUCUAGCGCAAACUGAACCAGAGCUAUUUGCAGCCAGCGUCCUUGAUCGACUCCUUCCCAUUUGCAUGCAGGUGCGGCACGGGUCUGUGCUGGCGGCUGGUGAGGUGCUGCUGGCGCUGCAUGACAUCAGCAAAGGCAUCAGCAGGGAUCGUUUAGUAAGGCUUGCUGAUGUGGUGCCGGCACUGGAGGCCGGGCGCCUGUACCGGGGGAAGGGCGGGGAGCUGAUGCGCGCAGCAGCCUCCAGGUAA